AUGCCACAGUACACUGGUGUGGCAAAGAUGUUUGAUCUCAAGACGAAGAUUAUGAUCGGCAUUGGCAUCAGCUUACUGAUUGCCACGUUUGUGCUCAUAGGCAUCGUUCUCUGUCUUUACAUCAAAUUAUCCAGAGCACUAAGAGCUGCAAGGGAUGCUGAUGCUAUAAGAUGUUGUGGUAAUCUAGCCAAGUUGUGCUGGAACAACAAAGCCACCGCCACUGGGUCUUGUGCUGCACUCCAGUGCUGUGACGGAUGUAGAAUGUACACAGAUUAUGACUCCCUGCCACCUUGCUGCUGUGACACAAAUGAGGGACUCUGA